AUGGCAAAGGCACAUUGGCAGGAUAUGAGAGUUUUAUUACAAAGAUCAAAGGAAGAGUUACAAUUAAUGCAAGCCAGACACCAAAAGAAAUGGGAAUUACUAGGGAAUGAGGUCCAACGCCUUUCCAUUCCUGCUUCUGGAUAUCAUAGAGUUGUCGAAGAAAAUAAGAACCUUUAUAAUGCCCUACAAGACCUCAAAGGCAAAAUAAGAGUAUACUGCAGGGUCAAACCAUCUCAUGCAGGCGAUUCUAGUUUGCAAAGCACAGUGAAAUUUCCUGGGGAAGAUGGGUCACUUCUCAUAAUCAAUACAUCAAAGACUGGGAAGGAUGCGGCAAAGAUGUUCAAUUUUAAUAAAGUUUUUGGGCCAUCUGCAACACAAGAGGAAGUUUACUUAGAUACACAACCAUUGAUAAGAUCCGUAAUGGAUGGUUACAAUGUCUGCAUUUUUGCUUAUGGUCAAACAGGAUCAGGGAAAACACACACCAUGAGUGGACCGACAGGUGCUUCUGAGAAGGAGAUGGGGGUCAAUUAUCGAGCACUUAGUGACCUUUUCCAGAUAUCUCAGAAGAGGAAACAUUUGACGAAGUAUGAGGUUUCUGUUCAAAUGAUAGAGAUAUACAAUGAACAAGUGAGAGAUCUUCUUGGCACAGAUGCCUCACACAAGAAAUUAGAUAUUCAAAACAAUGGACACAACGGAUUUAAUGUACCAGAUGCCAGUGUUUUGCCAGUUAAUUUGACAUCUGAUGGCUUAGACUUGAUGAAUUCUGGUCAAAAGAAUCGCACUGUUAGAUCUACCGCCCUCAAUGACCGCAGCAGUCGUUCUCACAGUGUAUUGACUGUGCAUGUACAAGGCACAGAUUGUGUAUCUGGAUGCACCCUUCAUAGCUACCUACAUUUAGUGGAUCUUGCUGGAAGUGAGAGGGUGGACAAACCUGAAGUAACAGGAGAUCGGUUGAAGGAGGCCCAGCACAUCAAUAAGUCUCUUUCAUCUCUAGGAGAUGUGAUUGCAGUAAUUGUUAAUUUUCCAAGCAAUGUAAGCUUCAAAAAAUCACCAUGA